AUGGCCCUCUGGAUGUUUCUGAAACUAGCCCCUGUGGCUCCCGGCAUGUUACAGGGCGAAGAAGUGAGGGAUUCUAGGAGCAUGACUACGAUCGACCCCCAAGGACCUCCGUCUAGUCAAUGGUUCACUUCAUCCGCCGACCUCAAUCCCUGA